CCCCUCGUCUCUUCCUCUGUACCUCCACAGUGCACCUUAUCUGUCUCUCCUUUUCUGUCUCCCCAGCUAUGUCUGACUUCCACGUGCACCCCCAGGCCGUCAUGGGUGAGGAGGGUGGUGUGGCCCGCUUCCAGUGCCAAAUCCACGGGCUUCCCAAGCCUCUGAUCACAUGGGAGAAGAACAGAGUCCCCAUUGACACGGAUGAUGAGAGGUACACAUUACUGCCCAAGGGGGUCCUGCAAAUAACAGGACUUCGGGCUGAGGAUAGCGGUGUCUUCCAUUGUGUGGCCUCCAACAUGGCUAGUGUGCGGGUCAGCCAUGGGGCCAGGCUCACCGUGUCAGGUUCGGGCUCUGGGACCUACAAGGAGCCCACCAUCCUUGUGGGGCCUGAGAACCUCACCCUGACAGUGCACCAGACUGCAGUGCUGGAGUGUGUCGCCACGGGCAACCCGCGCCCCAUUGUGUCCUGGAGCCGCCUGGACGGCCGCCCUAUUGGGGUGGAAGGCAUCCAGGUGCUGGGCACGGGGAACCUCAUCAUCUCAGAUGUGACUGUCCAGCAUUCAGGUGUCUAUGUCUGUGCAGCCAACAGGCCUGGCACCCGCGUGAGGAGGACAGCCCAGGGUCGGCUGGUGGUACAAGCCCCAGCAGAGUUUGUCCAGCAUCCUCAGUCCAUCUCCAGGCCAGCUGGGACCACAGCCAUGUUCACCUGCCAAGCCCAGGGUGAACCACCGCCUCAUGUCACAUGGUUGAAGAAUGGACAAGUGCUGGGGGCAGGAGGCCACGUCAGGCUCAAGAACAAUAACAGCACAUUGAGCAUUUCUGGAGUCGGUCCUGAAGACGAAGCCAUCUACCAGUGUGUGGCUGAGAACAUUGCUGGCUCCUCCCAAGCCAGCGCCAGGCUGACCGUGCUGUGGGCCGAGGGGUUGCCAGGCCCCCCACGCAAUGUCCGUGCUGUCUCUGUGUCCUCCACUGAGGUUCGAGUGUCCUGGAGUGAGCCUCUGACCCACACCAAGGAGAUCAUUGGCUAUGUCUUGCACAUCAGGAAGGCUGCUGACUCACCCAAGCUGGAGUACCAGGAAGCUGUCAGCAAGAGCACCUUUCAGCACCUGGUGAGAGACCUUGAGCCCUCCACCGCCUACAGCUUCUACAUCAAAGCCUACACACCACGGGGGGCCAGUUUAGCCUCCGUCCCCACCCUGGCCAGCACCCUGGGUGAAGCCCCUGUCCCACCCCCGUUAUCUGUGCGGUUGCUGGGCAGCUCCUCUCUACAACUGCUGUGGAAGCCCUGGCCACGGCUGGCCCAACACAAUGGGGGCUUCAAGCUGUUUUACCGCCCAGCCAGCGCAGCCUCCUUCACCGGCCCCAUCUUGCUCCCUGGGACUGUCUCCUCUUACAACCUCAGCCAGCUCGACCCCAGCACCGUGUACGAGGUGAAGCUCCUCGCCUACAAUCAGAAUGGAGACGGAAACGCCACGGUCCGAUUUGUGUCUUUGAAGGGAGCCUCUGAGAGGACAGCGUUGACUCCCCCAUGUGACUGCCGGAAGGAAGAGGUCACCAACCACACAUCUACUACAGGCAUUGUCAUCGGCAUCCACAUCGGAGUCACCUGCAUCAUCUUCUGUGUUCUCUUCCUUCUGUUUGGCCAAAGGGGCAGGGUCCUCCUAUGUAAGGAUGUGGAAAACCAGCUCUCCCCUCCCCAGGGUCCCCGGAGCCAGAGGGACCCUGGUAUCCUGACCCUGAAUGGAGUGAACCGAGGAGAAGGGGGCCAGCUAGGCCGAGAUGAAAAGCAUGUGGAUGCCAAGGAGUUGGAGCAGCUGUUCCCCCCAACUGCGUCAGCCGGGCAGCCAGGCUCCAGGUCCACGGUGAGUGCCCAGGCCUCCAACCCAUCUCCCUCAGUCCCUGACUCCCUCAGUGCUACCCCUCCCUAUAUCCUGGCUAUAGGACAGGAUCUCUAA